AUGGAAAGAGCUGAUAGAAGAUAUAAAUUUGAACACAAUUGGGCUAAAGGAUUUUGUUACUUUACUUUUGGAGAGUAUUAUAAUCCCAGAAAAAUGGGAGUAGGUAGAAUUAAAGCUGUCAAUGAAUAUUAAUUGAAUCCAUAAGAAGAAUUUGGAAAAAAUAUUUUGCACAAAAACUUUGAUAUUGUUACUCUUGUUAUGAAUGGUAGUCUUAGACAUAAUUCUUCAGUAAAAGAAAGAGUACCAAUCGAAAGAGGUCAAUGUCAUCUUUUAAGAACCGGACCUAAUGAAAUAAAGCAUGGAAUAUAAAAUGUUGAUUAAAAUAUACAAGGAGAAAUAUUUGAAUUUUGGAUCUAAAAUGAUUAAGUUUUCUAAAAAGAGGAAGGUGAAUAAGCUACCUACUAGUUUGAUGUUGUUAGAAAGUAGCUAAAUACAUUAUAAACUGUUAUUUAAAAUGAUAAUAUUGAAUUGAGCAUUUGUCAUCUUGAUAAAAACAACACUAUUACAAUUUAGAAUGAAUCUUUGAAAAAUAUAUUUAUUUUAAAUUUAAAUGGCCCUGCUAUCAUUAAUGAAACUGUUAAACUCAAUGAUCGUGAUGCCUUUACUGAAGUCUGUGCUUCCUAUAAUUUAAAAUCUACAGAAAGCUGCAUAACUUUAUUAAUAUUAAAAGCAAUUUGA